AUCCGCUUACCGAGUACUUGGUAUCACCGAGUCGUGUUGUUUUACAAAUUGUUUAACGAUUGAUCGUUCUUUUUACGCUAAAUCCAAUGUUAUUGUCUCAAUACUAUUUACUAACAUAGAAUGGAAUGGUCACGAGAGAAAACAUUGAGACUGAUUGGUUUGCUUCAAUUAAACGCCGCGCUGUGGAAUCCAUCUCUCUGUGACACGAGACGUGAGAAGCAGAAGCGUAAACAAGAACUACGUGCUAUUGCAUCUGUAUUUGGGAUAUCGGCGUUUGAUGUGACGAAGAAAAUACAGCACCUCCGCACUCAGUAUAACAGAGAAUUGGCAAGGGAAGCUAUUGUCCAUGCUGAGGAUCCAAAUGAUAGAUACGUCACUAAUUGGUAUGCUUACGAUUAUUUACAUUUUUUAAAGGACUCAAAUAAGCCCUACAGAGUUGUACAAUCGGAUGAACUAUCAGAAGCAAACAGCACAGUGCAAACAAACAAUGAUGCAACAUUAACAGAAUGUAAGCUAGACAAUUUGUCCCCACCAACUAAAAUAGCUAGAACAGAGAACCAUGAUUUCAAAGCAGAUUUAUUAAUCUCUGACAAAAGAGAUGAGUUCGCAGUCUUUGGAGAAUACAUAGCUAAUGAAUUACGCUCUUUAAAAGGUGAAAAGAACCUAUUAGUAGCUAAGAAGAAGAUUCAAGAUGUCAUAUUUGAGGUCAAAAUGAAUAUGUUCAGUGAACCCAGAGAACAACCUUGUUUAUACACACCAGGAUCGCAGCCACCUACAACAAGUAUGACCACAGAGAAAAUAUACACAACUCCUGUCAUAAGCAAUAUAGGAACUAUAACGUCACAAGCCCCACCUACCUCUGCAAUUAAUGAGAUUAUUAUUAGUGGUGCAUGUCACUAUUCAACAUUUAAAGUUGAUGAUCAAUAGCAUUGUCAACCACUUCCCACUGUGGAAGUGGCUAAAAGUGAUGAAUAUGGGAUGAGACAUUGAGUUGUACCAUAUAAGAACUACAGUUUUGUGAAAUAGCAAAACAAGAACUGAGUGUGUGAUUGAAAUUAGAUGAUAUUGUUUGUAAAUGGAUAAUUUGUAAAUACUAAUGAAGAUGCUAGACAUUCAUAACUAUUUAAUGUUAAUAAAUUUUGUGCCAUAAACUACCUAUGUAAAUAAUAUUCUAUGUUUAAAACAUUACCUUAUAAAGUAUACUUUUACAUUAAACCACAAUUAUACUUUAAACUCAUAAUGUGUGAUUAU